CUGCUGGCUGGGUGAGAAGGAGAGAGAGGGCUGGGUUGUGUGAGGCACACGUUUGUGCCUAAUAGGAAGACAUUUGAGGUGUCCAGAAGGGAACAACUUCGCAAUAGACAGCGUUGGACACAUCAGCUAGGAUCUAAGAAGUCAUCUCAAAACCACAACGCAAGACCAAUCCCAGUUAUGUCUGCCUCUGAGGAAAAAAAAUUAUGGGGUGGCAGAUUUGUUGGAACAACUGACCCCAUACUGGAAAAGUUCAACGCUUCCAUCCCUUAUGACCAGCGUAUGUGGGCAGCUGACAUUGAAGGCAGCAGAGCCUAUUCAAAGGCACUGGCCAAAGCUGGGCUACUCACUAAAGAAGAAAUGGAGCAGAUUCUACAAGGAAUGGAGAAGAUAUAUGAAGAAUGGUCCAAGGGGAAUUUUAAGAUCCAGGCAGCAGAUGAAGAUAUUCACACAGCCAAUGAGCGGCGACUGAAGGAGCUAAUAGGAGACGCAGCUGGAAAGCUGCACACUGGACGCAGCCGAAAUGACCAGGUUGUGACAGACAUGAGGCUGUGGCUCAGAGAUGGCAUCACCACACUAUUCGGCCAUCUUCACCUGCUUGUCAGUACUAUGGUGGAGCGGGCAUCACUGGAGGUUGAUUUUCUGUUUCCUGGAUACACCCACAUGCAGAGAGCCCAGCCGAUCAGGUGGAGCCACUGGUUACUCAGCCACGUUGCUGCCCUGUGCCGAGAUGCAGAGAAACUUGAGGAGAUGAUGCUGCGUGUCAAUGUCCUGCCAUUGGGAAGUGGGGCCAUUGCUGGAAACCCUUUCAACAUUGAUCGUGAAUUCCUCCGCAUAGAGCUCCAUUUUGAUGGUAUCAGCCUGAACAGUAUGGAUGCCACCAGUGAACGAGACUUUGUAGCUGAUUUCCUCUUCUGGGCAUCUCUCUGUGCCACCCAUCUCAGCAAGAUGGCAGAAGAUCUCAUCAUCUACAGCACCAAGGAAUUUGCUUUUGUGACAUUGUCAGAUGCAUACAGCACUGGAAGCAGUUUAAUGCCCCAGAAAAAGAACCCAGACAGCCUGGAGCUCAUCCGCAGUAAGGCUGGCCGCACCUUUGGCCGGUGCUCUGGAUUCCUCAUGACCCUGAAAGGCCUUCCAAGCACUUACAACAAAGAUCUGCAAGAGGAUAAAGAAGCCAUGUUUGACAGCUUUGAUACCAUGUGUGCAGUGCUGCAGGUGGCUACAGGAGUUAUUUCCACACUGAAGGUUAAUCCAUCGGCUAUGGAGGCAGCCCUGAGUCCUGACAUGCUGGCUACAGAUCUGGCCUAUUACCUUGUCCGCAAAGGCGUGCCAUUUCGGGAAGCCCAUGGUCUUUCUGGACAUGCUGUCCGCCUGUCUGAAACUAAAGGUAUCCCCCUCAAUCAGCUGACUGUGGAAGACCUGCAAACAAUCAGCCCAGUGUUUGAAAACAGUGUAUCUCAAGUGUGGAACUACGUGAACAGUGUGGAGCAGUACAAGGCAGCAGGCGGGACCUCUAAGAGCAGUGUGAUGGCUCAGGUUGAACAAGUCAGACAAUGGCUGCUGAAACAUAAUAUAAAGCCAAAGUUUGAUGUGAUUAGCCCAUUAUUAUGAGUUCUUCGAUGGUGGUGCUGGGUUUAAAAACCUGCUGUGUGGACUUACAGAACAGAUCUUUAUGUAAAUUUCAUGGUCACUCCCAACCAUACCUGGUCUUUGUCAGACUUGAGUAAAUAACUGAGAGAUUUUUUGUAAAGAAUAAGCUUUAAUUGGGUAAUUUUAGGUACUUUAUGAUUUUUCUGCUUGUUUGUUGCACAUGAUACAUGCUAUACAGAAAGUUAGAGAUUUUAGAAAGAAAACAGAAUAUAUAUACAGUAUAUUGUGGAAAGACAGCCCCCUAACACAGGCAGACAGACACCAAAUGUCCUAAAACACACACUGUUAUUUUAAACAACAGCACCACAAUGCCUUAUCACCAACAGUCUCUUCUUCUCUUUACUCUCGUCUUCUUCUAUUUACUCUCGCCUCUACUCUCCUCCUUACAAGCUCCAUCUCCUUCCUUCCAACUCCGGCUCAUCAACAGGAGUGAGGUGGCCCCUUUUAUACCACCCCGGGGUGUGCUCCAGGUGCUUCCUGAUAGUUCACUGACGACACUUCCUGGUGUGGUGGAA